AUGGCGGCGGUCUCCGUGCUGCAGGCGCCGAGCGGUGGUUUCAGCUUCGACAACUGCGCUCGGAACUCCUUGCUGGAGGCCGAGCUCGUCCAGAAGGGCCUGCGGCUGCCCACCGCCCGUAAGACGGGCACCACCAUCGCCGGCAUCGUCUUUAAGGAUGGCAUAGUUCUCGGAGCAGAUACGAGAGCAACCGAGGGGAUGGUUGUUGCUGACAAGAACUGUUCGAAAAUACACUUUAUUUCCCCUAAUAUCUAUUGUUGUGGUGCAGGAACAGCUGCAGAUACUGAAAUGACAACUCAGUUGAUUUCUUCCAAUCUGGAGCUCCAUUCACUAUCUACUGGACGACUUCCAAGAGUUGUCACAGCUAAUAGAAUGCUAAAGCAAAUGCUCUUCAGGUAUCAAGGCUACAUUGGUGCUGCCCUGGUUUUAGGGGGCGUUGAUGUGACAGGACCUCACCUUUACUGCAUAUAUCCCCAUGGAUCAACUGACAAACUGCCUUACGUCACCAUGGGUUCUGGAUCACUAGCAGCUAUGGCAGUAUUUGAAGAUAAAUACAAACCUGACAUGGAGGAAGAGGAAGCCAAACAGCUUGUGAGAGAUGCCAUCGCAGCUGGCAUAUACAACGACCUGGGCUCCGGCAGUAACAUUGAUAUCUGUGUUAUCAGCAAGAGCAAGCUCAAUUUCAUCCGGCCGUAUGAUGUGGCCAACAGAAAGGGGGACAGGCAUGGCAGAUACAAGUGUGAAAAGGGAACUACUGCUGUUCUCACAGAAAAUGUAUCACUGCUGGAAAUUGAGGUGGUGGAUGAAACUGUACAGACCAUGGACACAUCCUGAACCAUCACCCGCAGCCCUUCUGCCUCACUGAAGACCAGCAGUAGUUGUGUAGAAGCCUUCCAGCACCACGAGAAACAAACAUGCAGCUGACGCAGAAUAAAGAG